AGCAAAGUUCAUUGAGAAUCGAAGACUUGUCCAAGGCGGUUGUGUGGGUGGGUUCGCGCGAAAUUCCCGCUUUAGCGUUACUACGAGAUAGAUCAAAGAGAACCUGAAAUAUUUGGGAGCUGCAGAAAAGAAAUGUUGGACGAUAUUGGCGAAUUUGAGCCGUUUGACGAGCCAUUGGGUAAAGUCUUGAUGCAGUCUAAAGUGCUUCAGCUUUGCCUGGAAGAUGUUCUGAAUUCCGCCCGUGAGUGUAACGAGCUGAUUAUGACUACACAUGGAGCUGCGGAACAGCUAGAAAUGGACCCAGACGAUGUCACCCUGUGCGUCCUUGUGGAAAAUCGCCAUGCGGACCCAGGGAUACAGGUCCAUUGCCGACUGAUUGAAGCAUUUUGCUGGGAGUACCCUAUCCCUGUGGUCAAGGUUGACAGUAGUCGCAAACUAAAAACCAUCGCUGGAUUUAGCCAGGAGUCCACAGAGCCUGUCCACUGCUUGCUUGUCAAGACCAUUGAAGAUUCAAGAAAUUCCCUUGAGACUUUGUUGAAGUUCAGUCUUGAUAGAUGUCCACUGAUUCAACUUACGUGAUAGAGUACAAGUGCCAUUUGAAUAAAUUGGUAAAUUAGUGGAGAUUGUGAAGAUGGCUUUGUCCUGGACGACAGUUGAGUCAGAAUACAGACAACAAAUUGGGGACAGUGUUCAAAUUACAAGCUGAACAAAAAUAAGUUGUCAAAGAAUGUUGAACAUUGUAUAGCACUAUAUAAGAAAACCAUUUUGUUGGCAAGAAUAGAGAAGAUAAUAUAGUAGUAUAUAGUUUCUUGAAAGACAUUUAUUAUAAUAUUACAUGAUGUUUUAAUUGACAAGUUUGCUAUAUAUAUAUAUAUAUAUAUAUAUAUAUAUAUAUAUAUUGUAUUCGUAUGGUAAAAGUAUUACAAUGUUUUUUUCAACUUUUGAAAAGUAAGUUGUCAUUCAAUGAAUGUACCACAGUACGAAAUGAUCAUUUAGUGAUUUUAGUGAAGUGAAGAUUUUAUUAGCUUGUUGAAUCAAUACAGUUUAAAAAAAUAUCUAUAUAUCAUGAUGAGGAAAAAAAUACAUUCUACAUCUAUGCAGUUAAAACAAAAUAAGAAAAAGAGUGAAAAAAUAAAAUGAAAAAGUAAAAAUUGCAAAAAAAAAUUACAAGAAAAGAGGAAAUAAUACAGUACAUAGAUCGUGCUAGUAGCCCUGGUGGUUGGAAAAAAAAGUUAAAAUUAAAAGGAGAAAAAAAAUUUUCAUUUGGGUGAAAACAAAAAAAUAUUUAUAAAAAUGUUUUUAUUGUACAAAUACUGUACAUACAUACCCUGGUGGUAUGAAGAUCAGAAAUAAAGAUAUCAGCACAAACCCA